GGUGUGUUUGACAGUUGUAUCAGAAAACAUUGAAACACAGAGAUGCUUCAGAAGGUUUUAUGAGAGAUAAAGAAGAACUGAAUCUACAAAUAACAGAGAAGAUUAUUGAAUACAAGAGAAUAAUGAAGAUCAUCUUGACUUUCACACUGCUGAUGAUUCCUGGUGCUCUGGGCUUCAAUGUGAUGGGAUAUUCAGGGGGUAAAGUCACCAUCACAUGCAAAUAUGAAGAAAAAUACAUACAAAAUAAAAAGUAUUUCUGUAAAGGAGAGUGGAGGGCAACAUGUUCUGACCUCAUCAGGACUGAUAUUAAAGAUAAAUGGUUUCAGAAUGGAAGAUUCUCUCUGUAUGAUGACACAACAGCAUUAGUCUUCACUGUCACCAUCACUGAUCUGAAGAUACAGGAUUCAGGCACAUACAUGUGUGGAGUUGAUAUUUUUGUGUUUGAAGAUUCUUACACAGAAGUGGAGUUAACUGUUAAAAAAGAUGCAUGUUGUGAGAUCAUCAAUCUGUCAGUUCAUUCAGGUGAAUCUGUGAACAUCAGCUGUAAAUAUCCACAAUCUCACAACAGUGAUGUGAAGUUUUUCUGCAGGAGAUCUGGAGCUGAUAAAUGUGCUCAUGAGACAUCUGUGAAAGAGAGCAAAAGAUGGACAACAGACAGAGAGUUUCUCCUGUAUGAUGACAGAGAUCAGAAUCUUCUCUAUGUCACCAUCACUAAUGUGACUGAUCACAGAUCAGCUGAAUACUGGUGUGGAGUUCAGACUGAAAAGAAAAUCUUCAUUACACAAGUCCAGCUCAUAGUUAAUGGAGCAAGUAAAUACAAAACAUCAACACCACCACCAUCACUAUCAUCACAAUCAUCAUCAUCAUCCUCAUCUUCUGCCUACAUAUCAUCUGCACUGGUAACACCAUCACUGACACAUACAUCUUCUGUGAUAUCAUCAGACUCUUUGUUCAUCAGUUUGUCUGUGGUUCUGGUUCUGAUCAUUGGACUUCUGCUGCUGAUGCUGAUUCUGUGUAAGAGACAUAAGAGAUCAGGGUCUAAGCUGAGCUCGGUAAACACAGACAUCACAACAAGAGUAGUCUACAGUCUGCACUUACCCAUAAACUCUCCUGACAACUCAAACCUCUCUGGACAUUUACUUACAGAGUGUGAAAUAUCAGUUAGCUCUUAUGGGAAAUAAUUUUAAAUUAUUAUUUUAAUUAAUAUAAGCAUGUAUAUAUAUUUAAUGUAUAUUGAUAAAGAUUUUUGAUGUAUGUGUAACGGUGUGAAAAGAACAUUUAAGUUAAAGAGUUUAGAUGUGUGAAUUCCAUAAAAUAAGGCAUUAUAAUGGUUUGUGUGCUCUAAGGCUCCCCUCCUGUGGCCAGUCACAGUACUGCACAUAUUUUAUUUUGUUCCUCUGUGCCCCUACCGUAGCAGACUUGAGAGUCUUUACUGCUGGGAGGUGUGGUGUUCAGAGCUCCAACUCAUAAUGAAAUAAUUGUGGAAAUUUAUGUGAACAUCCUAGAUGUGAUUGAUCACACACAUGUAUGUGAACAUAUGCUUAAUAGAUUUGUUAAAAUAGUUAUUAUAAUAUGACUAUUUUGAGUGAAUGUGAACUCUAUCUUCUAGCUGUUAUGAAUGUGUGCAGUACUGAGGUCACCAGCCUGUUUUGAUUUAUAUUUCAUUUUUCUAUCAAAGGUAUGUUGCUUUUGUGUUUAAUUUAAUAUGGAUGUUAAAUAGUGGUAUUUAGUUGAUGUUUUCCUUGUUACCAGUUAUGAUUUAUCACAUAUUGUGUUAUGUGAAAAAGUAAUAUUGAGUUACAGUUUCAUGUUUUACGAUGUUACCAUCUAUUUUGUGUGAAAAAUAUGAGGUUUGUUACUGCAGACUUGAAAGUCUUUGCUGUGGACGUCACUGCUUUGAAAGGGGAUUUCUGUUAAAGAAAAUAUAUCGCCUGGCAGUGAACUUUGAGCUUUAUCUUUUUGCGGGUAUUAAUUAUGCUCUUACAGCAACAUUACACACUAACCAAAGUUUGAAAAAUGGGAUC